GGUGGCGCCGCGGCGGCCGCAGCCCCGCAGGAGCUCAACAACAGCCGGCCGGCCCGCCAGGUGCGCCGCCUCGAGUUCAACCAGGCCAUGGACGACUUCAAGACCAUGUUCCCCAACAUGGACUACGACAUCAUCGAGUGCGUGCUGCGCGCCAACAGCGGCGCCGUGGACGCCACCAUCGACCAGCUGCUGCAGAUGAACCUGGAGGGGGGUGGCGGCAGCGUCUACGAGGACAGCUCCGACUCGGAGGACAGCAUCCCUCCGGAGAUCUUGGAAAGGACUUUGGAACCUGAUAGCUCUGAUGAAGAGCCCCCGCCUGUGUACUCCCCACCAGCCUACCACAUGCACAUGUUCGACCGGCCUUACCCUCUGGCUCCCCCCACUCCACCUCCCCGGAUCGAUGUGCUGGGCUCUGGACCCCCUUCAAACCAGAGGCGCUACCGGAACUGGAACCCACCCCUGCUGGGCAACCUCCCCGAUGACUUUCUCCGCAUCCUGCCCCAGCAGCUGGACAGCAUACAGGGUAAUCCUGGGGUUCCCAAGCCUGUGAGUGGAGAGGGAGGCCCGCCUCCCACGGCCGGGCAGGGGACCCGUGACCAGGAGAGCCGCUGGAAGCAGUACCUGGAGGAUGAGAGGAUCGCGCUCUUCCUGCAGAAUGAGGAGUUCAUGAAGGAGCUGCAGCGCAACCGCGACUUCCUCCUUGCCCUGGAGAGAGCUGAUAUCAUGCUACUAGUGCGACUUCAUCGAACGUGUCUCCCCCUUCCAGGAACCAGUGAUGCCAACCCUGCUGUGUCUGAAGAUGCCUUAUUCAGGGACAAAUUGAAACACAUGGGAAAAUCCACCCGGAGGAAGCUGUUUGAACUCGCCCGAGCCUUCUCCGAGAAGACCAAAAUGAGGAAGUCAAAGCGGAAACACUUGCUGAAGCAUCAGCUGGGUCCUGCAGCAUCAACAGCCAAUCUCCUGGAGGAUGUGGAAGGCCAUGCUUGUGAUGAAGACUUCCGGGCAAGGCGGCAGGAGGCACCCAAGGCGGAGGAAGCCCUAAGAGAAGGACAGUAGGAGAUGCCAGCAGCUCCUCCUUGCCGGAGAUGAUCUGACCCAGUGGGAGCAGCCGGAGGGCAACACUGGUCCCCAGCUGAAGGGCCCAGCUGCAGCCGGACUGAUGGUGCUUGCAUACUAUGGCCCAGUGGUUCUCCGGUCACAGUCCAGCCCAGCCACUGCCACUUUCCAAGGGACUUAGAACUUUGGAGUUGCCAUCCUGUGAUUGGAGGAAGGCUCUGGGGCCCCUAGAAGGCAGCAGCCAGUCACGACCCCUUUUGUAGCCAGGCUUUUCUAUGGUCAAUGAGUGGAAUGCAGGAACCACCAACCCUGGAGUACGGGAAAGGGCAGAAUGACCCUACCAGAGGCUCUUUGCCCUAAAGGUGGAGCUCCUGCCUCCCUCCCUUUCCCAUUUCUCCUGCCGGGCCACAGACCCCACCUGAUCCCCUAUGUCCAUCCCCAGGUUCCUCUGGGUACCUCGUGCUUUCUUCCCGUGGCCUGCUGCAUCUCGGCCUUUCCUGUGGCUACUGACCCUCUGCACAACCCCUGCACACAACUCCUGGUGGGAGAGCCCUGGGCAGCCACUCGGGCACCCUCCAAGGAGUGAUGGGGCACUGCAGAGAGGUAUCUACUGCCUGCCUGGGCUCAUCGGGCUGCUUCUGUUAGGGGCUGGCAUGGGCCUCCAGCAGCCUUUCCUACACCCAGCAGGGAUGGGGAGGGUGGCUACCCCGGAGCUGGAGGAUUCUGGCUAGGCAGGCCUUUACUUUGGCAGAAGACAACAGCCAGUUCUGGAGUCACACCACCAUGGGAGAUCACAGGGGCUCUGACUCCCCAGCCGGACUAGAAGUCCUGCUGUCCUCCAAGGGUGGGCAGCGACAGGUUCCAGAGUGACCCCUGGAGAAGGUCGCAGACCUGAAGAGCAAGAUAUAGAGGCUGCUGGCCUGGUGGGAGCGCCUAGGGCAGAAGCACUUGCCAGGUUCCCCUUGCAAAGAGCGAGAAGAUGAUUUGAGGAAAACUCUGAUUCUACAAAUGCUUACCGGCAC